AAAAAAAAAAAGACAAACCCUUUCUGAAGGAUUCAUCACCAAAGUUUGGUUUUAUUAGUCAAGCAAUGCAUCCACCGUCAGCAGACAAAGAUGGACGUCAGGAUGUUCUCCUGCUUAAACAACAACUAGCAGAAGCCCUAGGAGAGAACGGACCUUCUUACUGGCAAGCCCUCACAGACUUUGUUCAAGGAAAACUCAACCGACAGGAAUUUGAUUUUUAUGCUAAUCUAUAUCUCUCACGCAAAAACGCUCCAUUACACAAUCAGUUUAUUUUGGCCAAUAUCCAUAAUGCACAAAAGGAGGCACCGCCUCCAAGUAAAGGAUCAGUAGGAUGGGGCAAAGGAAAGAGAGGUAAAGAUGGGAAACUUCUCAGAGAGAAAGAUCCCAAAAGGCGGAAAAUGAAGAAUCAAAUUUUGAGUCUUGGAAAAGCGGAACGUGAGAGGAUUAAAGGACUGAAGGAGACCCACAAAAAAAGCAGUAUGAUGAUCAAACAGAGGUUAAAAGAACAUCGUGUGUCUAGACCUAUGGCCCCAACAGUAUCUCAACCAGCACUGAUUGCGGAAUAUAACAGAGGCAACCACGCACCCCUAUGCUUUGAUUCAAAGGAACUUCCGAAUUUUGAAUCCAUGCGGGAUAGAAUGGUAGCAGUAGCAAUGGAAAACGGAUUAAUGAGCGGUGUUCAGGAAGGUGCUGUAGAACUCAUGCUUCAUGCCUUGGAGAGUCAUAUCAAGAAUAUUAUCAGCAACUGCAUUAUUAAACUGAGAUCAAAUCGAGCACUUGGAAUCACAGUACCUAGACGAGAUCCCAACAGUGCAACAUCGGGACAAUCCUGUAGCAAACUAUUACAGGUGACGACGGCUGCUACUGCUACUGCCACUGUUCCUGCUCCCACCGAAGAGGAUUUUAAUCCAUUCCAAGCAGCAUCCUCCACAGUAACCCAACAGCCUUUAACCUCCUCCACAUCAGCGUACCCAGCAGCUUCCUACAAUAACAGUGGCCACAAUACAAAACGGACAACGACCAUUACUGCAAAGGACCUGGCCUUUACGAUAGAUAUAUCGCCAAAUAUGUUGGUCGAAAAUCCUGUAAAUAUUGAAAAGUUAAUGUCAAUCCUAAUGGAGGAAGAAAGUGAAGAGGAAGACGAGGAUGCAGAGAUGGACGAUCAAGAUGAAUUAUCCGACUCUAUGAUUGAAUUCUGAAAAUAUAAUAAAAAAAAAUGUAUUUCUAGUUUU